AUGGACCGGCAAUACCAGCCACGAUUCACGAAUCCCGCUCGACAUCCAAAUCAAUCUCCAAAUCUCUCGUCGGCAUCAACACCGGCGUCGCCUGUAGCGUAUCACCAUCCAAGUCAUCACGGCUCUCCAUAUGCUCCCGCUGAACUAAAACACCAUCAUCACCGACCGACAAAGUCGUUCUCGUCACGAAACACGCCUCCACCUAAUUCAGCCUACUCAUCUCAUGGAAUUGGAAUGGACGAAAGACGAUACAUGUCACAACCGCCGCCACCUCCACCACCGCAUCAUCAACCGCCUCCGCAUCCCCCAUCUCAUGUCCAUCGACCACCUCUGAUGAAUAAUAACAAUAACGAUAAGAGACCGGUGUAUCCAGGGGACCGCGUACCGAACCCAACUUGGAGUGAGAAUAUGGAUGAACGGUUCCACGAUCCCCGUAGCUAUCGACAGCACGAACAACAUCAUCCUCACCCUUCUUCUUCUUCUCAUCCGCCUCCUCAUUCUCAGCACCCCUUACAUCCGCACCACCCCCCACCUCAUCGUGACGGUAUGCACACGUCUAUAAACACUUCGGACGAUAUGAGGUUCUAA